CAGUCAAUUACCUUCCUGUAUGACGCAGUGUAAGCUCCGUUCAGUUUGUGUGUGUGAGCAGGGCUGGGGGGUGGGGUCAAGCAUCACUACCUUAUGACAAAAGGCUACCCACCCCCCACAGAGGACGGAUCCCUUAAAUACAGGUGGCUAGAGAGAGACACGCACUGACUGACUUGUACCUGGUGUGGACCCACAGGAUCGAUGGCUCCCACUGUCCAUCUUCAGCCGAGCCCAUGUGUUCCGAGGGACUCCGCUGUGCCGUAAUGAAGACAUCAACGUGAGCGGCACUUACAUCUGCCUGGAUUCUCUAUCCAGUUGCCACCAGACCCUAUAGCACUGAGCAGCAUGCCCACUUUCAACGCCAUGGAGUGGCUGAAGGGGAAAAGGGGCUCACCGCGGCUGGUGCUGGUGGUGGUAUGUGUGGCCCUCCUGUUGGACAAUAUGCUGCUGACUGUCGUAGUACCCAUUAUUCCCUCGUUCCUGUACACCACUGAGCACAGCAGACAGGACCUCGCCCCAGCCUCCAACCAGACCCCACGCCCCGAGACUCCCCAGGGGACACCGUUCUCAUCGGUCAUCUCGCUUUACGAUAACACCACCCACAUGUCUGGGAGCCCAGAGACCAACCUUUCUGAAGUCAGCACCAACCAGUCUUCUCCUGCCAGCUGCCUGGAGGACACUGACUUUCUGGAGGAGGAGAAUGUCAGGGUGGGGCUGCUUUUUGCCUCCAAGGCUGUAGUGCAGCUGCUUGUGAACCCUUUUGUGGGCCCACUCACCAACAGGAUUGGAUACCACAUACCGAUGUUUGCUGGCUUUGCCAUAAUGUUUGUGUCCACCAUAAUGUUUGCAUUCUCUGGGACCUACCCCUUGCUAUUUGUGGCCCGUUCUCUGCAAGGAGUUGGCUCCUCUUUCUCCUCGGUGGCAGGCCUCGGAAUGCUGGCCAGCGUCUACACUGAUGACCAUGAAAGAGGUGUUGCCAUGGGUUUCGCUUUGGGUGGACUGGCUAUGGGUGUCCUCAUUGGAGCACCAUUUGGCAGCGUGAUGUAUGAAUUUGUCGGGAAGAGCUCACCCUUCCUUAUCUUGGCCUUCCUUGCUGUGCUGGAUGGAGCUCUACAACUCUGUAUCUUGCAGCCAUCAAAAAUUUCUCCUGGCAGCAUGGAGGGAACCCCCUUGCUGACCCUGCUGAAGGACCCUUACAUCCUCAUCAGUGCAGGUGCUAUAUGCUUCGCCAACAUGGGAGUGGGAAUUCUGGAGCCCACCCUGCCCAUUUGGAUGAUGCAGACCAUGUGCUCUCCCAAGUGGCAAUUGGGUAUGGCUUUCCUACCAGCCAGUAUAUCUUACCUCAUCGGAACAAAUUUGUUUGGCUUGUUGGCCAACAAAAUGGGAAGGUGGCUGUGCUCCAUGAUUGGCAUGCUCAUUGUUGGCAUCAGUUUACUUUGUGUCCCCUUUGCGAAAAAUAUUUAUGGUCUCAUUGGCCCAAAUGGUGGUCUGGGAUUUGCUAUUGGAAUGGUGGACUCCUCCAUGAUGCCCAUCAUGGGGUACCUAGUGGACAUUCGUCACACGUCAGUGUAUGGCAGCGUCUACGCCAUUGCGGAUGUAGCCUUCUGCAUGGGAUUCGCCAUUGGUCCUUCGACGGGAGGUGCCAUUGUGAGAGCCAUUGGAUUCCCCUACCUCAUGGUGAUCAUUGGGAUCAUUAACAUCCUCUAUGCGCCCCUGUGCUGCUUCCUGAGGAGCCCAGCUGCCAGGGAAGAGAAAAUGGCUAUAAUCAACCAGGAGUGCCCUAUGCAUGUCAAGAGCUACAGCACCCAGAAGCCGUAUCGCGAGUUUCCGCUGAGUGACGAGAGUGAAGUGGAGACAGAGGAAUGACCGCAACCUUCACACAAAACACAGCUGCACACACUCAAAAAUGUACAGACACACACAGCACACAUAUACACACCUACAGACACAGAGGUGAUCCAUUGCAGUGGACCCUUUGAGCCAAACUUGUGACACCUGUGCAAAUUCAGAAUGGUGAAAAUGAGUACUUUACAGAGUACGAAACGGGCGCUGCGCUUUGAGAGGGCAGUUGUGGUUUCACACCACGCUUCUGGAUCUGUCACUGGGGCCUGGCUGCCGAUAUGCUGCCAACGUGUCACCUGAUACAUCACGUUAAGCUCAUCUUAGACCAAAAAUGCCAUGAAAAAGAUCCAUUAUUCUGGAACUACAUACUCAUUCCUUUUGCUG